AUGAAGACUUGCGCUGCCUGGGCUGGAGUUCUUUUGCUCGUCGUCAUCCUCUGGAUGCUGGAUCGAGGGCGUCAGGUCGUGCCCACGGUACCGCCCGUCAACAAUGCGACCGGCACGUUGGCCCUGGCCACUGUGAACCACCAAGCCACAGUGCCCGCUUGCCUCGCUCCUCUCCACCUGCCGGGGCCUUUCUUCUACCCUGGUCGGGCGUUCGACACGCCGACCGGCGUCGAAGAUCCCGACCGCGCCGCCUGUCGACCAGCGACGCCGCUCUUUAUUCCGUUCGCUUCCAACGCCUGCCUUCUUGUGCAGACCGUGGUCUCCUUCAUCUCCGAGGGGUGGCCGCCAUCCCAAAUCAUCGUGGUGGAGAACACCGGGAGGUCCGACGAAAAUGCGCGGGGGACAAUCCCACCCGAAGAUCACGCGUUCAUGAACUACACGCUCCUCUGCCAGACGCUGGGCGUGCACGUCUACCGAAGUCCGGUGCGGAACACGUUCGCCCAGGUCCAGAACCUGGUGUUCGAGCUCGCCAAGACAAACGGCUGGCCCAGCUACUAUCAGAGUCAUCAGGACGUCGUGGUCCGGAGCCGCGACGACGUGCGAUCGUUCUACGAUCACGUCCUGGAGGAAGACGAGGACCGACGGAGAAACGCCGACAGCGAGAGGUGGGCGUUGGUGCUGUACCGUUAUGAUUGGCUGAGCCAUGUCCGCGUCGCGGCCACGGCGGAGGUGGGGCCCUGGGACGUGUUGAUACCGUGGUAUCCGAGCGAUUGCGACUACUACGCCCGGGUACGGGCCAAAGGUUUCCAGAUACUCGACUUCGACGCCGGCGUCAUCCACGACGUGGCCUCUUGUCUCUCGGACCUGAGUCUGCUGUUUCGCCCCAAGAACUCGUCCGGCGGUCAGGUGGUAGACACCGCACUGCGGAUCAUGGCGGACACCAAGCGGAACGACAAAGCGGGACGAAACACAUGGCAAGGCCGACAGGCCGAUGGCACUCUGUCGUCGGAUUUCGGGCCCCGGUACGACGCCCUCGUGAAGGCAAGCCGUAAGAGUUAUUACAUGAAAUGGGGGACCAACCGCUGCGACCCCACGGCACCGCGAUCGUUCUUCCCAUGGUGGAAAGGGCACGCGUUGGGCUCAUUUUUGCAACGGUCCGCUUUGGAGUGA